AAGGGGGAAGUUUAAUCUAACAUCAGGAAGAGAAGCUCCUAAGCUUCUUUGCUCUUUUCCUUCUGCAAUUGCACGUCUGGGGGGUGAAGCUAGCAGAACUAGUACUACUGCAGGGACUCCCCAUAUCUGUUAUUCCCAAAUGAGGGCCCUUCCUUUGCAGGGACGAGCCCUUCUGGGCUUCUGGGCGACUCUACUAUUAGUGGUUGGCUUGUGCCACUGCGAAACUAAGUCAUCAGUUGAGGUUGUUGGGGUCGGAGACUGUGUUGAUUGUGUCAAGAACAACAUCAAGGGCAGCCACGCUUUCUCAGGGCUAGGAGUUACCAUUGAUUGUAAGGUUCCAAAUGGAGAUUUCCAGACGAAAGCAGUAGGGGAGCUGGACGAAGAAGGGAAAUUCAAAGUCAACCUUCCCAGUGAGAUUGUGAAGGAAGAUGGAUCAUUGAAGGAGGAAUGCUAUGCACAACUCCACAGUGCAUCUAGUGCACCUUGUCCAACCCACAAUGACUUGGAGUCUUCCAAGAUAGUCUUCAAGUCUAAGGACACCAGUGGGAAGCACACCUUAGGCCCUGCCGGAAAGUUAGCGUUCUCGCCGGUCACUUGCACGUCGGAAUUUUUGUGGCCUCACUUCGAGUUCCCUCCACUCCCUGAGAAGAAAACCUUCUUCAAGAAGCCCCUUCCACCACCUAUUCCCUUCUUCAAAAAGCCCCUUCCACCACCUAUCCCAAUUUACAAAAAACCCCUUCCACCACCUAUCCCCAUCUUCAAGAAGCCCCUUCCACCUCCAAUCCCCAUUUACAAGAAGCCCCUUCCACCACCUAUUCCUAUUUACAAGAAGCCCCUUCCACCACCUGUCCCUAUUUACAAGAAACCCCCAAUUUACAAAAAGCCCCUUCCACCACCUGUCCCCAUUUACAAGAAGCCUCCAAUUUACAAGAAACCCCUUCCACCACCUAUUCCCAUUUACAAGAAACCCCUUCCACCACCUAUCCCCAUCUACAAGAAGCCUCUUCCACCACCUAUUCCCAUUUACAAGAAACCCCUUCCACCACCCAUCCCCAUCUACAAGAAGCCCCUUCCACCACCUAUUCCCAUUUACAAGAAACCCCUUCCACCACCCAUCCCCAUCUACAAGAAGCCCCUUCCACCACCUAUCCCUUUUUACAAAAAGCCCCUUCCACCAUCGUUCCCAAUUUACAAAAAACCCCUUCCACCACCUAUCCCAUUUUACAAAAAGCCCCUUCCACCACCUAUCCCCAUCGACAAGAAACCCCUUCCACCACCGUUCCCAAUUUACAAAAAGCCCCUUCCACCACCAUUCCCCAUCUUCAAAAAGCCAUUGCCACCACCAUUCCCCUUCUUCAAAAAGCCACUACCACCACCAUUCCCCAGCUUCAAACCAAAGCCUCCCAUUUUUGAGGAGCCUUUAGUUAAAUUUCCUCCCUUGUCUAAGUUUCCACCCAAGCCUAAGCCUCCAAUCUUCAAGAAGCCGCCUUGUCCUCCCUUCCCUAAAGCUCCUCCUUUCCCUUAGUUUCCAAUAAUGGUUCCCACACCCUAAGUUUAGGAAGUUGCCUCCCCUUCCACCCCUUCCUUUUCAUCCUAAGAUAACCCCACAAAGGAUUUAAAUUCUAGUGAUGUAAAAGUAUUUAUGCAUAUGUUUUGUGUGAUGUACUCUUCAUCUUGUCUUAGAAUAAUAAUGUACCUCCCAAGAAUGCAAAAUUAGUAAUGCGUUCUAUUAUGCAUGGAAUUGAAUUGAGAAAAGUAAAGUUGAACA